AUGAUGGGUCCCUGGCUCCCCAGACGCUCCUGUGUGGCAGCUGUGGUCCCGACCCUGAUGGCCCUGAGCCCUCGGGUGGCUUUGGUCAGGGCACGUUUCUUGCAACAAGUUAAAAGUGAAUGCCAUUUCUCUAAUGGGACGGAGAGGGUGUGGUACUUGCAGAGACACAUAUACAACCAGGAGGAACACUUGCGAUUUGACAGCAAAAUGGGCAAGUACCAAGCAGUGACUAAGCUGGGGAAGAUCCAAGCCGAGUACUGGAACAGCCAGGAGGGCUUCCUGGAGCAGAAGCGGGCCAAGGUGGACACAUUCUGCAGAUUCAACUAUGCAAUUGUGGGGCUAUUAACUGUGCUGCAGAGAGCUGAACCCAGGGUGACUGUGUACCUGACAAAGACACAGCCCCUGGAGCACCGCAACCUCCUGGUCUGCUCUGUGAGCGGCUUCUACCCUGGCCACAUUGAAGUCAGAUGGUUCCAGAAUGACCAGGAGGAGAAGGCUGGGAUCGUGUCCACAGGCCUGAUCCGGAAUGGAGACUGGACCUUCCAGAUCCUGGUGAUGCUGGAGACAGUUCCUCAGAGUGGAGAGGUUUAUACCUGCCAGGUGGAGCAUCCCAGUCUGACCAGCCCUGUCACAGUGGAGUGGAGGGCACAGUCCACAUCUGCACAGAACAAGAUGCUGAGUGGAAUCGGGGGCUUCGUGCUGGGUCUGCUCUUCCUCGGGCUGGGGCUGUUCAUCUACUUCAGGAACCAGAAAGGACUCCUGAACUGGGGUGAGGUGAUAAGCCUGAAGGAAGGAGCUUUCCCUGUCUCCACGGCUCAACUUCCUCCAUUGCCAGAGUAUCCCAGGACCUGGCUCCUCCUGGCUCUGGAUACUGUAGACCUGUGUUCCCUGUCAGCCCCUGGCCCCAGCCUGGCAUCUCCCUGGGCAGAAGCUUCCCUCCCCACAGCUGCCCUUUGUCUGGCCCACCUGUCUGUCACUCUGGAGGCCCAACUGUCUGUCACUCUGGAGGCCCACCUGUCUGUCACCCUGGAGGCCCACCUGUCUGACACCCUGGAGGCCCACCUGUCUGACACCCUGGAGGCUCACCUGUCUGUCACCCUGGAGGCCCACCUGUCUGUCACUCUGGAGGCCCACCUGUCUGACACCCUGGAGGCUCACCUGUCUGUCACCCUGGAGGCCCACCUGUCUGUCACCCUGGAGGCCCACCUGUCUGUCACUCUGGAGGCCCACCUGUCUGUCCCUCUGUGCCAGCACUUAGGCUGCCUGGAACAGCCUGGUUUCUUGCUGAUGUUCUUUGGGGACUUUCAACUUCUACAGGGUCAGAGAUGA